AUGAAUUAUCUUCUUCCAAGUAAUGCACUUUCUCUACGUGGAGACUCUUUUCACUACAUUGUUGAAAAAUUUUGUGGCGAAGAAGUUGUCGAAUUACUUAAAUUUCAACUGAUCGAUUCUUCAGUGGAUUUACUUAACAUUGACGACGUCUUCUUUAUUCUUCAAUUUGAAUCAGAUCGAACAACAUCACUUAAAGAAAUUCUAGGUUUUCCAGUCAAAAAUAAAAACAACAGCUAUUCAUUUUUCGUCAUGCCUGGCAUACGUUUAAAACUCGAAAAAUUUAUUCGUUCACUUCGUUCUCUUAUAUCACCUAAUGACUCAUCAUCAUCAUCAUCAUCAUCAACCAGCAAGCCUUUAACAAUUUCAUCUGAUCUUAUUCAACGAUAUCCUUUAUUAAUCGAUCUUGUCUAUUGUCUUGAGUCGAACUUAUUGUCUGAAUUUGCAUUGGAUUUCAUUUUGAAUAUGUUAAACAAUAUAACACGCUCUAAAAGGUCUUUUCGUUAUGGAAAAUCUAUCAAAGACUUUGCUACUUCCCUCUUCAUCUUAGGAGGGCGCAAUGUUUAUGAAUUUGUUCGACUUAAUCUUGCAGGAUCCAUUCCUAGUUUAACUAGUCUACGAUCGACUCUUACAUCUUCGAAAUUUCAUUACAUUGAAGGUGAAUUUCAAUAUGAACGUCUUAAAAAUUUUGUCAAUUCUACCCAACUCAAGUACUCAUUUUGUGGAGAAGAUAGUACUUCCGUCGUACCAAAAAUCUCUUACGACACACGUUCUAACUGUUUCAUUGGAUUUACACUUCCUCUUAAAAACGGAUUUCCAUGUACUCGAUAUUUUUCUACCAAUUCGUUAAGUGAACUUGAAACGUGGUAUGAGCAAGUGGACAGAUCGUCUCUCAUCAAUGUACAUGUGGUUCAAAUUACCUGUCCAAUAGGUCAACCACCACCACCACCUUUUCUUCUUUCAGCUUAUGGCACUAAUAGCAUAUAUACGUCUGAUGAUGUUCUCGUCAGGUGGUUUAAUAUUUUUGAUUCGUGUAUGACUCAAAAUAUACGAAUAUUAGGAUUUUCAACGGACUGCGAUCCGAGAUACCUGAAGGCCAUGCGAGAUUCAAUGGGAUUUUUUUCAAUACAACAAACCAAGUUUGAAGAUCAUCCAAAUUAUUUUACAAUUUCUAUGCUUAAAGUGGGUGAAUUAAUAGUUUUCAAAGCGAAAACGAGGAGUUAUUUUAUAUGA